GCCAGAGUCCAGGCUUGACUCAUCCCCCACCUCACUGGGGCUGAGGUCCCAGCUCUGUAACAGAAAUCAUCACUGCUUCAGCCCAGCACAGCGGAGAACGACCUAGCCCAGAACGCUCCUUUUUCCCUGCACCAUGGAGUACCUCUCCGCCCUGAAGCCCAGUGGCCUACUCAGGUCAGUAUCCAACAUGAGCUCUGAGCUUGGCCGUAGGGUUUGGACCUCAGCUUCACCACCUCAGCGACCUUUCCGUGUCUGUGAUCACAAGCGGACCACCCGGAAAGGUCUGACAGCUGCCACCCGGGAGGAACUGCUAGACAAGGCACUGGAGGCCCUACUGCUGAGUGGAGCGCUGACCCUGGUGCUGGAGGAGGAUGGGACCACGGUGGAGAGCGAAGACUUCUUCCAGUUGUUGGAGGAUGACACGUGCCUGAUGGUGCUGGAGUGUGGGCAGAGCUGGAGUCCCAGCAGGAGCGGGAUGCUGUCACUCGGCCUGGGCCAGGAGAAGCCCAAGCACAGCAAGGACAUCGCCCGCAUCACCUUUGACGUGUACAAGCAAAACCCUCGAGACCUCUUUGGGAGCCUGAACAUCAAGGCCACAUUCUAUGGGCUCUACUCCAUGAGUUGUGACAUUCAAGGACUCGGCCCAAAGAAAGUACUCAGGGAGCUCCUCCGGUGGACCUCCACACUGCUGCAAGGCCUGGGCCAUGUAUUGCUGGGAAUUUCCUCUACCCUUCGCCAAGUAGUGGAAGGGGCUGGGCAGUGGCAGCAGCGAGGUCGCCUUCAUCCUUACUGAGAAGGGGCUUGGAGCUACUGCCCUUAGACUCAUUCCAACAGACGCCUGUAGGGACUGCGACAUUAGGCCCAGGAACCUGUGGACAGUGCAGACUAGGUAACUCCCCUGGUUUCCCCACUGUCUUCUGACCCCGUCAGCAUGCCUUACACUGCUAGCCUAGUCCCAUUCCUGGAGAAUGCUGUCGCUUCCUGGCUAUCUUCUCAGCCUCCCACCCACCCUGAAAGGCCACAGGCUUUUCAGGCAUGUUCAUGCCACCCUGACUGCUGCUACCUCUAGAUGUUCAAACGGCUCCUCUCCCUGAGCUCCCAGUGCAGUGAAGACAGCCGUCCUGGGCUUCACUCUGAGAUCUCUAUUUUUUCAUACCCUUCUCAGGAAUAACAAAGGCAUUUCCAAUAAA